UCUUGGCUUUCCAUGCCUGAAAUACUCUCAUGGGCUUUUCAGCCAGAUCGCAAUGCCUUUAGGGCUGAUUCUGAGGCCAGAGUGCUGUUUAGGACAUCUGCCGUUCUAUGAGUCUGCUGAGUAUCUUGCUUCCUAUGUUGGGUCACUCUCCCCUUUAUUUAUUCUAUCGGUUAGUAUUAGCAGGUACUAGACUUGUUUAUGUGCUCCCUUUGACUCUUAGUCCUUUCAUUAUGGUCAAUUGUGAACUGAAAUUGAUCACUUGGACUAGUGAGAUGGCAUUGGUACAUGCCACCUUGAUGGGAUUAAAUUGGAGUCCUCUGGUAUGUUUCUAACUCUACCAUUUGGGGCAAGUCAGCUUGAGCAUGUCCCAAAUUGUACAUCUCUUCCCUCUCUUAUUCCCACUCUUAUGUUUAACAGGGAUCACAUUUCAGUUAAAUUUCAACACUUAAGAAUAACUGUGUAUUAAUUACAGAAUUAAACUAGUCAUAUUAAGUAGAACAGACAAAAAAAACUACUAAGAGGGAUAAUGUAUUAAGUUGUUCAUUAACAGUCAGGGCUAUGCUGAUCAAGUCACCGUUUCUCAUAGUGUCGAUUUCACUUCAACAGGUUUCCUUUUUGGUGUUCAGUCAGUUGUCACCGAUCAGGGAGAACAUAUGGUAUUUGUCCCAGGCUUUCACCAGCACCUGCAGCCUGGAGCUCUGUUUCUCAGGCCUCCUGGCUCAACUUUGCAUAACUUUGAAAUAUUUUAGGGCACUGCUGAGAUAUGCUGAAAGCAUGUGACAAACACCCAGGGACGCAUCUCCACUUAGGUGGUGGUUAAAUUUCACUUUGAGGCCUCCUCAGAGGCCAAAGAUCAGGGUCGGCAGCCUCCACCUUCCAGCCCAGCCCCUGCUGCCGCCUUCCAGCUUUAAUGUCCAUAGGGCAAUGUCAAUUCUUGCAGAACUGGUCUCUCUUCAUCUCCCUCUUGGGUGCUCUUGCCUCAAGCCUGGCUGUCAUCUCUGACUCCUUCAUAAUCCUUGCUCCCAUGAGACUAAUUUUAAUGCCUGUAUGUAUUUCAGCCUCAAAAUACAUCUUUAUGAGGGACUGCCAUGAUCCUGUCUGCCUCUGAGGACCAGCUGCCACUCGGGCCCCUCUCCUCACCCUGAGGGCUCCUCUAUGAACACAGGAAAAGUCACCCCACUCAAGCAGAGCAGCCCUUGGAUGCAUGGGUGACACGGCGAGCAAUGUCUGCAACUAUAGACUUAGAGCCAUUGUGCUUGGACACACUCGGCUCUGUGUUGGAGCUCAUUGAUCGGGAAUCAGGGCAAGUUCAGGUUAAUUCCCAGCACCCUCUAGGUCAGCCUCACUUGUGCAGUGAGCAACCUGUGGUACCUGGGGGCACUUGUGUCACUUGGUGCUGCAUUUUCCUGUGGGGAUAUCUGCUUCAAGUCCUUCUUCCUGCCAUGAUUCUCCACAUACAGCCACAGACAUACCUUUAAGCUCACACACGCACACAGAACACACACAUAUGCAUAGAACAAACACAUGUGCACACAUGCAUAUAGCCAUCAACAGGAACAUGCAUAACAUAUUUUACUUAUUUCAAUUUCUAAGAGUAUCCAGGGAUUCUCAUUACUCUGGGGAUAGAUCCACACUCAGCUGGACAUGGGUCUUGCCUGGCAGAUCCCUGCCCUCCUCUCCCCGAGAGGGGCCACAUCAGCCAUCAUUCCCUACACGUCUUGUCUUAACACUGCCCCAGGGUCCUCAGCCUGAGAAGCUCCCCUCACUCUGCCUGCUCAGGCCCACUUUGUCCUGUGGUCAUGGCACCAUGUCUUGUCACACUCUCUUGGAGGAUCUGGUGCCAUCUGUCCCCAGCCUCCCAACCCUUGUCCCAGCUGUGAGGUAUGCCCGCCUGACCCCAGACCCCAAAGUUUCUGAGAGCUCCCUAAGAUGCUGGCCUGUCUGAGGUGUCCCAAGAGCUCACAUGGCACCUGCCACAAGAGGCCUUGCUUGAAUCAUCCACUGUGCCCAUGGCUACAGGCAGCCACAGAAUAGGAUGCUGAUCUGUGAGGUUGGGCAGAAUGGCAGGACUGGUGUGAGCUCAUGGUUACAAGGGAAGCCCCCUUCUGUAGCUCAGCAGUUGAGUGGAGGAGGAAGUGUCCUGUCUGUGUCUGCCUGUCUCCUGCUUGUCAGCAUUGCUGGCAGCAGUGACACCUGCAGCAUAGGAGGGCACCGGGCACAACUGCUGAUGAGGCAAUGAAGGAGUGGACCUGGAUGCAGGGUGCUGAGUGCAGGAACUGCGAAGGGUAGAUUUUCCUGGAGCAGGGAAAGCUUGGGUAGGGAGAGAAGGACCCUGCUGCUCAGCCAUCAAAGGAACACAGCGCCAGUGCUGCAGUCUCCAAGUGUGUACAGGGACAAAGGUGCCAUUUCAACAAAGGCAGGAAAAAUGGUGGCCAGCCUUCCCCAAGGAGUUUCUCCUUUCCUGGUGAUGAAAAAAAAAAAUUAGACUGGGGCUCCCUGAGCUGUCACAGCCCAGCACCUUGACCCUAUGGUUGAUGAUUAUCAAACAUCCAGGUGUCAGCCAAUGAGGCGGCCACCCAGCAGAGGUGGGGCAGGCCCAGAACAGUCCCUCCUGGAUGCCAGGGACAGGCUGAGGGUCUGAGGCCAUGCUGCACACGCUCAGCUCUGGAGAGCAGGGCAGUAGCAGGAGUGCAGGGGCGCCCAGCUGUCACUCUGGACAUCGACAUUCAGACACAGACAUCUCUCAUGGCUUCUUAUCACAUCCGCAAAUACCAGGAGAGAGACCGCAAAAGUGUCCUGGCCUUGUUCUCCCAGGGGAUGGAGGAGCACAUUCCCAGUGCUUUCCGCCACCUGCUGAGGCAGCCCCAAACCCUCCUGCUCUUACCUGGGGUCCCCCUCGUCCUCCUUCUGCUCUCUGGCUCCUGGCUCCUCGCUCUGCUGGCCAGCCUCGCCAUCCUCGUGGUCCUGAGGCUUGCUGCCUCCUAUCCCUGGAAGAAGUACGUGGCCCUGAGUCUGCAGUCAGACAUGGCUGACAUCACCAAAUCCUACCUGCGAGGGAGUGGCUCCUGCUUCUGGGUGGCCGAGUCUGAAGGGCAGGUGGUGGGCAUGGUGGGAGCUCUGCCCGUGCAGGAUCCCACCUUGCGGGAGAAGCAGCUGCAGCUCUUCCAUCUGUCUGUGGCUUUGGAGCACCGGGGUCAGGGGCUAGCAAAAGCCCUGGUCAGGACGGUCAUCCAGUUUGCCCGGGCCCAGGGCUACAGUGAGGUCGUCCUUGACACCAGCAUUGUGCAGACUGCUGCCCUGAGUCUCUACCAGGGCAUGGGCUUCGAGAUCAAGCACCAGUGGUACUUCCACGUGAGUGCGAGGCUGGUGGGUCUUUCUGCUUUUUGUUUAGUGUACCGCCUGCCUUCUGCUCAGGGGGGCAGCCUGUGAUCCAUUUUCUGUGUGGGAGUGAAGAGUUAAAAUUGCAUAUGUGCAGGUGUAAAAAGUUAAGCUUAAGCUUACAGGUUUAAAUCUUCCUGGUACAGCUGUAAAAAUAAGAGUAAAGUAGCACCUUGACAGUAGGGACUCCAUUUUGGAGCACCUAAGACUCCAUUCUGAGAAAGUACCCCCCAUCCCCCCCCCGUGAGACUCUGGUCUGAAACUAUGAUCUCAAAUAGUCGGACAAUAGCAGUGCACUACAUCACCCUUGGCAGAGCACAGAAAACCCCCUAGCAUGACUGCUCAAGCUUAAAAGUAGAAAGGUUACACCUGGGUUACCUGGGCUAAUAAUAAAGAUGUAAUUUGUCUGUGUCUUACAUUAAUGUCAAGUCCUAAUUGCUAAUUGUAAUAUUGUAACUGGUAUUGUCAAAAUUAUGAUAAAUAUUAAUUUCACUUAGGUUUUAGGUUAUGUUAACCCCAGUAACCAUAUACUCUCUUUUGAUUUUAUGUACUCUCUUUUGAUUUUAGCAACUGUGUAUAGCAACCGUGCAUAGCAACCAUGUAUUCCCCCCUUCCCGGUUUUGCGGUUUUUGCCUUUAUAAACCCUAACCUUUGGUUAUUCAGGGCUGCUCUGUUAAUGUAUGAUCAGACAGCCCCAGCAUGCUGGAUAAUCAAUAAAUCUUUAACCCUUU